AUGGGACAGAAAGACGAGGACUUCUUCCCGGAUGAAGUCGAGGAGCGCUUAAUCGCGGAGGAAUAUAAAAUCUGGAAGAAGAACACGCCGUUUUUGUACGACUUAGUCGUGACGCACGCGUUAGAGUGGCCGAGUUUAACCGUCCAAUGGCUUCCCGAAAGAGUAGAACAUCCAGACUCGGAGUGUUCCACGCAGAAAUUGAUUUUAGGAACGCACACGUCGGAGAACGAGCAAAACCACUUGAUGAUCGCGGAGGUGCAGUUGCCAUUGGAAGAUGCGACGGUAGAUGCGACGGAAUACGAAAACGCGUCGAAACAGAACAACGAACAAGGCUCGUACGGACAAAACGCAGGGAAAGUGCACGUGGUUCAACUCAUGAACCACGACGGCGAAGUGAAUAGAGCGAGAUAUUGCCCACACAAUCCGUUUAUGAUUGCCACGAAAACAGUCUCCGCGGAAGUGUACGUCUUUGAUUACUCGAAACACCCGUCGAAACCUCCGGCGGAUAGCGCGUGCUCGCCUGACUUACGUUUAACCGGGCACAAGAGCGAAGGGUACGGUUUGUCUUGGUCGCCUUUUAAAAAGUACACUUUGUUGUCCGGGUCCGACGACGCGCAAAUUUGCAUGUGGGAUUUGGAAUCUGCCGGAGUGGAUGGUCCGUCGAACACCUCAAACAACGCCACGAGCACGAAUAGACAAUCGCGAUCGUUAGAGGCGAACAGAGUGUUCAAAGGGCACGGCGGAGUGAUUGAAGACGUCGCGUGGCACGGAAAGCACGAACACAUUUUCGGUUCCGUCGGCGAUGAUAAAAAGAUGAUUUUGUGGGAUACGAGAGCGGCACCGGCGGAUGCGGCGACGAAUACCGUCGACGCGCACGAUGCGGAGGUGAACUGUUUGGCGUUCAACCCGUUCAACGAACACCUGUUAGCGACUGGUUCGGCGGAUAAAACUGUGGCUUUAUUUGAUAUUCGUAAAUUGACCUCGCGGUUACACACGUUUGAGAAUCACACGGAGGAGGUGUUUCAAAUUGGAUGGUCGCCAAAAUCCGAAACAGUUUUGGCGUCGUGCGGCGCGGACCGACGCGUGGCUGUCUGGGAUUUGAACAUGAUUGGCGAGGAACAAACGCCGGAGGAUGCGGAGGACGGACCGCCGGAAUUGUUGUUCAUCCACGGCGGGCACACGCAAAAGAUUUCCGAUUUUGCUUGGAACCAAAACGACGAUUGGGUCAUCGCCUCCGUCGCAGAGGACAACAUCUUGCAAAUCUGGCAAAUGUCAGAAAACAUCUACGCGGACACGCCCGAAGGCGACGACGACGCUUAA